AUGACUUCUCUAAUGAUUCAAAAAGAUAUCGUGAAUGCAUGUAAGAUAGAAACAAUUAAAGUUAUUCUUGAGGAACUAAAUGGUGAUCAUUUUACUUUACUAGUUGAUGAAUCUUUUGACGUUUCACGCAAGGAGCAAAUGGCUAUUGUAUUACAGUUUAUUGAUAGAAUGAGAUUUGUGAUGGAGCGACUUAUUAACAUUAUUCAUGUUCAAGAUACCAGUGCAUUAUCCCUAAAGGUGGUAAUUGUUAAUUUACUAGCUCAACAUUCUUUGAGUCUGUCAAGUGUGCGUGGACAAUAUUACGAUAAGGUAAACAAUAUGCAAGGUGAGGUCCAUGGCCUUAAGAUGUUGAUUAGGCAAAAAAUUAGACCGGCUCAUUCCAUCCAUUAUUUUGCUCAUCAACUUCAACUAACUCUUGCUGGAAUCUCAAAAAAGUGUUUUGAAGUGGGAAAACAUGUGGUAUUGGUCUCAAAUAUUUUUAAUGUAUUGAGAUCUUCUUUUAAGCGUAUGGAUGAUUUACGAGAUUCUCAAAAAGCAAUAAUUCAAGAGGCAUUAGAGAUGGGUGAACUUACAAUCGCUAGGGGCUUGAAUCAACAACUUGAUCUUUCAAGAGCUUGUGAUACUCGUUGGAGAUCUCAUUGUAAAUCCUUUAACAAUUUAAUUCUUAUGUUUGGCUCUAUUCUUGACGUUCUUGAAUUACUUGCUCUUGAUGCACGAAGUAUAGAUGAAAGAGUAAAGGCAACGGGACAUCUUGAAUCUUAUCGAACAUUUGAGAUUGUGUUCAUGUUGCAUUUGAUGAGAGAUGUAUUAAAAAUCACAAAUGUGCUCAAUAAAUGCUUACAAAAAAAUGAGCAAGAUGUUGCAAACGCCAUGCUACUUGUUGAAGUAGCAAAGAGAAGGUUGCAAGUUUCAAGGGAUGAUGAAUGA